AUGAAGUUCGCAGCUAUUCUGGCCGCUCUGGCCCCGGCCGUUCUGGCAUUGCCGGCCUCUGAAGCGGCAGUGACCCGGCGCCAAACCACCCUCUCAGCCAUCACAGACCAAUAUCUCUUCAGCAUCACCCUCCCCGACUUCAUCUCUCGCCGCAACGCCAAGAACCCAGCCACCCUUGACUGGAGCUCUGACGGCUGCACCAGCUCACCCGAUAACCCUUUUGGAUUCCCCUUUGUUCCCGCUUGUUACCGCCACGACUUUGGCUACCAGAACUACCGCAUCCAAAACCGAUUCACAGAGAGCGGCAAGCUCAGCAUCGAUAACAACUUCAAGGCCGAUCUGUACUUCCAGUGCCAAACAUCAAGUGUUCAAAGCGUUUGCAAUGCUCUUGCUGAUGUUUACUACGCUGCUGUGAGAGCGUUCGGAGGUGGCGAUGCCUCUCCUGGAAAGCGUGAACAAUCACAAGAGGACUUGGUGAAGGUGUAUGAAGAGAAGGUGGAGAUUUACAACAAGGCUGUGAAGGAUGCUCAGGACAAGGGACUGCUGCCCAUCUUGGAGUAA